UUAGAAAAGGAAGAAGAUUCUUCUUCUCUGUUUUUGUGGUGUAUAUUUUUCUUCUUCUUUGACUCCUUAGCUACAUAGAACCUCAUAUCUGCAACUAAAAAUCAAACUCUCUUGCCAAUAAAGAAACAUUUCUAAGCCAGAAAUCUACAUAAGCAUUUUUUCCUAUCUCAUUCUUUAACUCGCUCACGCAUGGACACCGCAAGAAAACUCACGGUCUUAUUAGUCUCACUUUUAUUCGGGCUCUUCCUAGUUCCAAGCGUCCCAGUUCGAGCAACAACAGAGUUUACUUUCCGAGGUUUUAAAGGAAACGAAUCAGCGAUUCGUAUUGCAGGAGAGGCUGCUGUGAUCAAACCAGACGGGUUACUGAGACUCACUAACCGAGCCUCAAACGUCACCGGUACAGCAUUCUACCACAAACCGGUGAGAUUGCUGGAGACCAACAGAAACGCCACCAGGGUUGGUUCUUUUAGCACUCGUUUCGUCUUUGUUAUAAUCCCUUCCAGCUCUAGCAGUGGAGGCUUUGGCUUCACGUUCACGCUAUCGCCAACCCCUAAUCGUCCCAAUGCUGGAUCUGCGCAGUACUUGGGAGUUCUCAACAAAGAGAACAAUGGUGACCCGAGGAAUCACGUUUUCGCAGUGGAGUUCGACACGGUCCAAGGAUCCGGAGACGAUACUGACAAAAUCGGAAACGACAUUGGUCUUAAUUUCAACAACCGAACAUCUGAUUUCCAAGAGCCGGUCGUGUACUACCAGAACGACGAUCCUAACAAGAGAGAAGAUUUCGAGCUGGAGAGUGGCAAUCCGAUUCAAGCUCUUUUGAGUUACGAUGGAGCAACACAAACACUAAACGUCACCGUAUACCCGGCGAAACUGGGGUUUAAACCGACUAAACCAUUGAUCUCACGACAGAUACCCAAACUGCUGGACGUCGUGCAAGAAGAAAUGUACGUGGGAUUCACAGCAGCCACAGGAAAAGGAGAUCAGUCGAGUGAUCAUUACCUGAUGGGUUGGAGUUUCUCAAGCGUCGGAGAAAACACCAUUGCAGCUACGCUAGACCUCUCGGAGCUUCCUCCUCCGCCUCGGAACACGACCGCCAAGAGAGGCUUCAAUUCUCAGGCCAUCGUAUUGAUAGUGGCUUUAUCGGCCGUUAUGGUCAUCAUGCUUGUGUUGCUCUUCUUCUUCGUCAUGUACAAAAAGCGACUGCGACAAGAAGAGACUCUGGAAGACUGGGAAAUCGACCAUCCUCGCAGAUUCAGAUACAGAGAUCUCUACGUAGCCACCGACGGAUUCAAGGAGGCUGGGAUCAUCGGAACCGGAGGGUUCGGAACGGUUUUCAAAGGAAAACUCGCCAACUCGGAUGAUCUUAUCGCCGUGAAGAAAAUCAUUCCAAACAGCAGGCAAGGUGUUCGAGAAUUCAUGGCGGAGAUCGAGAGUCUAGGGCGCGUGAGGCAUCGGAACCUCGUGAAUCUCCAAGGAUGGUGCAAACACAGAACCGAUCUUCUGCUGAUUUACGAUUACAUCCCCAACGGCAGCUUGGACUCGCUUCUCUACAGUGUUCCGCGGAGAAGCGGCGCCGUUUUGCCGUGGAACGCGCGUUUGGAGAUCGCCAAAGGAAUCGCGUCGGGUUUGUUGUAUCUCCACGAAGAGUGGGAACAGAUCGUGGUUCACAGAGACGUGAAACCAAGCAACGUUCUGAUCGAAUCCAACAUGAACCCGAGACUGGGAGAUUUCGGACUAGCGAGGCUUUACGAACGAGGAUCGCUGACAGAGACAACGGGACUCGUCGGGACGAUUGGGUAUGUGGCGCCUGAGCUGGCCCGCAACGGUAAACCCUCGUCUGCGUCUGACGCUUUCGCGUUUGGCGUUCUUCUCUUGGAGAUCGUCUGCGGGAGAAAACCAACGGAUUCAGGUACCUUCUUCUUAGUCGAUUGGGUUAUGGGAAUGCACGCGCGCGGUGAGAUUCUCAGUGCGAUCGAUCCGAGACUUGGAUCUGAUUACGACGGCGGAGAAGCAAGGGUCGCUCUCGCCGUGGGUCUGCUGUGCUGCCACCAAAAUCCGGCGUCUCGGCCGUCGAUGAGAGGGGUGCUUAGGUUUCUAAACGGAGAGGAGGAAGUUGCUGAGAUUGAUGGUGACUGGGGGUAUUCAAAGUCAUCACGAAGCGAUUUUGGAUCGAAAUUUGUUCCAUGGUCGAGCUCAAAAGCUUCUUCUUCUUCUUCUUCUUCGUUCGUCACCAGGAUCACUUCGACUUCUCGUGUUACUAGUGGUGGAUAGAUACCACUGUACACUUGCUUCCGUUAUGUUUUUUUUUCUUGAUUAAAUUUCAGUUUUUCCCUUUUCAGUGUACACAAUAUACUAAUAUUUGGAUCGUUAA